AUGCAAAUCUUUCUUGAAUCCGUGGAUAAAGGUGUUUGGGAUGCAAAACUAAACGGUCCAUUUGAGCCAACUCAUGUUGUUAAUGGAAAAACUGUUUUGAAAAAUUUUUCUGAGUGGUCUCAGGAUGAAAAUCGUAGAGCACAAUAUGAUGUCAAAGCACGUAAUUUAAUUGCUUCUACACUAACUAUGGAUGAAUUUUUCAGGAUUUCACAGUGCAAGACAACAAAGGAAAUGUGGGACGUAUUGAAGGUCACACAGGAAGGCAUAAAAGAAGUAAAGAGAGCCAGAAAGAACUCAUUGAUACAUGAGUAUGAACUGUUCAGGAUGAAGGCUGAAGAUACUAUAUAUGAAGUACAGAAAAGAUUUACUCACAUAGUCAACCACCUGAUGGCUCUAGGAAAAGUGUUUGACAAAGAAGAUAUCAAUAUCAAGAUAUUGAAAAGUCUGAAUAGAAUCUGGCAACCCAAGGUUACUGUAAUUUCUGAAUCAAGAGAUCUUACAAGCAUGAAUAUGGCUACCUUGUUCGGCAAGCUAAGAGAACAUGAGCUUGAACUUGGAAGACUAAAAGAAGAGGAAGAAAUUGAAGAAAAGAAGUCCAUAGCCUUGAAAGCCACUAGCAAAAAAGCCUCAAAGAUUGUAUCAUCUAAGGAUGAAUUUGACGUUGAUUUGGACAACAAUAAGCUGAUGUCCAUGGUGGUAAUGGCAAAGCAAAGAAAGCUACAAGAUGAAAUGAUGUUCAGUGUUAUGAGUGUGGCAAGGAGGGUCACAUUAAACCUGAAUGCCCUGACCUGA